CGGCUCGUGUCCAUGAUGGCGGCGCGGCGGCGGUCGGGCGGAGAGGGGUCACGUGCUCCGAGAAGAGCCUUUAUACUACAUAGUAGCCCCGCCCACUCCAGCCCUCGCGAGACCUGGAGGGUUUUCCCAGCAGCCCCCACGGUAGAGACGUCACCGGCGCCCUUCAGCGCAGACGGAGGAUGGCGUCCGCUACCCGCUUCAUCCAGCGGCUGCGGAACUGGGCGUCCGGGGACUCAUACCCCUGUACCAAACUGUUCAUCUCCGACCUUCCCUUCUCCAUCCCUGGGAUGCCCCUGCUCCCUCGCCCUCUCCUCUCCUGAGGUGCCCUGCAGGCUGACCUCCUUCCUCUCCUCCCACAGCAAGACUUGCAGGCGAAGUUGCAGCUGCGCUACCAGGAGAUCUCCAAGCGCUCACCUGCCGCUGCCACUGAGAAGAAGGCCGUGUCGCCGGCUCCUCCCAUAAAGAGGUGGGAGCUGUCCAAGGACCAGCCUUACCUGUGACUGCACCCUGGGGCACCCGGCUCGGCCCUCAGGGCCACCUGAGGGCUUCCCCUCCUUGUAUUCCCUCUGGGGAGACCGGACCUAAUUUAUGACAAAUACACCCUGCUCUCCGGUGUCA